UUCUCUGAUCUCCCUAUGCAUUUUGUGCCGGUUCUUAACUAUAUUGAUGGAAAGUUAACAUUCCUUAGAAUCAGAAAGGACACAUCUGCCUGUUCAGAAUCAACUAAUGGAUCUUCACAAACAGAUGUUCUUCCUUUUGAGACAACUAGUAAAGAAGCCUUCUUCAGCCGAGUAGAAACAUUUACUUCUUUGAAGUGGGCAGGCAAACCUCAUGAGCUGUCCCCCCUGAUAUGUGCCAAGUAUGGAUGGACCAUUGUAGAAAGCGACAUGCUGAAGUGUUCCAGCUGUCAGGCCUUCCUCUGUGCAAGUUUGCAGCUGGCAUUUGACUUCAACAAAUACAAGGAGCGGUGUGUGGAGUUGAAGAAAGCUUUGUGCACGGCCCACGAGAAGUUCUGCUUCUGGCCCGACAACCCCUGCCCAGAUCGUUUUGCUGUUCUACUGGUGGAUGAGCCCCUAGCCCUUGUCAGUGACUUCCUGGACCGCUUUCACAGCCUGUGUCAGCUAGAACUUCAGCUGCCCUCUCUGAAACCAGAGGAUCUGAAAAAUAUGUCAUUGACGGAAGAUAAAAUCAGCCUUCUCCUGCAUCUGAUCGAGGAGGAGCUCGAAUGCAAAACCGAAGGGGGGAAAACGGCGACGAAGACGGGCUCUGACAUUUUUCAAAUCCAUGUCCCUGCCUGCAUUCUGGCCCUCUGUGGCUGGGCUUACAGCCCUCCGUCAAGAUCCAUGCACCUCCCGAUCAUCACGUGCUCCCGCUGCAUGAGGAAGGUAGGGCUAUGGGGCUUCCAUCAGAUUGAAUCUUCCAUGCUCGAGCUGGACUCUUGCUUCGGACUCGGCAGCACUCCCACCACGCCCACAGAGGCGCGCUCCGAGCGAGCCCCACUGGUGCCCACCUCUCCGAGCCGCCCGGUAACCCGCAGCAUGGGGCAGGGGGACAGCAUGGAGGUGCCGUCCAGCCCGCACCGGAGAGCCAAGCGGGCGCGCCUCUGCUCUUCCAGCAGCUCGGAUGCCUCCGCCAGAAGCUUCUUCGAUCCCAGUGCCCAGCACCGCGACUGGUGCCCUUGGGUCAACGGCGUGCAGGAGAAGGCCGCCUCGGAGGACACCGGCAAGCAAUCGGAGCUGACGUCCGGGAAGGCGGAGCCCGGGUGGCGGGCGGUGCUGAACGUUCUCCUGGCCGCCAGGAAAUCCAACAGAGCAGCUGAGGCAGAGCUGGUGAGCCUCUCGGUAAAAUCCUGCAAGGUGUUCCGGAUAUUCCGGCAGUGGGAAGCCGCAUGCUCCUCCUGAAGCCGCUUGGCCCCGCCAGGCGGGCUGCGUGGGAUGGUUGUUUGCCCUGCCGCCCCGGAGAUGGUCCCCCAGGCCCGGCAGGGAGCGGGCGCCCUUUCCUGGGAGAAGCAGGCAGUCUGGAGGUGCCCACACCACAGCAUGAAGGCCGCACUCUGCCCUGGCUGCAAGCUGCAGACCACAACAGUUUGAUUUGAAACCCCAGCUGAGCCUACGGGCACAUCUCGAAACCUGCACCCUCCUCCCGAGUUGCCCCUGCAGCCCUCGGAGCUGCCAGCUGUGGACAGCCCUGCACCGAGUUCUCACCUCCAACCAGAGCAGGAUCCGGGCGGGGAAGAGCUCUCCUGCCAAGGAACAGCGUCCAUGUCAUUGGUUAGUGCAGCAGAUGGCCCGAGGCCUGUCCUCCCUGCACUCCCUCCGUGGGCCUGUGAGCCAGGGCCCCGCUGGCAUGGGGGUGGUGUCAGGGGGUAAUAAAAGCUUUCACUGUG